CUGGUUAGCGAGUCGAGGACAAGGAACUUGAUCCUAGUUCAGUAUCUGUGGAUCCGUAUGCUGCCCACAGUCAGAGAGAGAGUCCCAGGUCCGUGGCACCUUGCUUUUCCUCGGGAUGGCUUCUGGAAGGCUCAUUAAGUUUGUGGUUUUUGAGCUCCUAGAGUUUGCUGCUUUCUCUGUCCCUACACUUGUGAUCACGGAACAGUUUGCCACUGCCUACCAGGGAACAAGGGCCAGAUCCGAGAACACACACUACUGGCUGGUCGUCUCCUGUUCUAUUGCCUAUGUUGCGCUGGUGACUCUACUGAUAUGGGUUCCUGUAAAAGUUCUCCUGCAUAAGAAACGUUAUCUUUACAAAAAGAUCAAAGGAUGGAGACCUGUUCUGAUGAUGUGUGUGGUCUUCACCACACUGCCCUCCCUCACCUUUUCCAUAGCAGUGACUGAGGUUCAAAAGAGCAUUAAUGGGUCCUCUGAUGUCUUACCUGAUAUGUUACCUGACCUGCCGGUAUCUCUGGUUCUGUCAUCCCUGAUCAUGGUUGAUAUUAUUGAAAAACUCAGGAUAUAUCCUCUUAGAGGGUAUCAAAAGAGUAGUCAAAAUGGACACAUCCAUUCAACCUCUUUGCAACAAGUAAAAACUGUGACAGAGCACGUGAGGCAAAGUCAAGACAACGCUGCAUCUCCCCAGGCAACCGGCAGCAGCCAGGUGUCCCAGCCAUCAGGAGCCAGGACACAGAGCCAGGUGUCUGUGUUCAUGGGGCCCCAGGAGCCCUCCUGUGACUCAGGAAUCCUGAGAACGAUGUCCCUGAGAGAUGUCCGCGCAGAGAUAUUCUUAUGGAGCUUUCUCCUGUGGUCUGACACGAUAGAAAUGGUGCGUGUGGCCGGUCACCCCAAAGUAUACAAGUCAACCUGGCUGUACCCAGUCUACAUAUUCAGUUUUAUUUCUCUCCUUCGAAUUACAUUCACUCCCCAAAACCCUCUUCUCAAUUCCCUGGACAUCCUGCUGCAAGAUUUACCAUUUAUUUUUGUUAGACUUGGCUUAAUCAUUGCGCUGGGGACCAUCACACCCGUGCUGGGCCUGUGUAAAAAUGUCCUCGUGACUCUCUCUUACAUUUACUUCAAUUAUCUAACCAGACUCAGGUCUUUUUCUGCCUUUGAAAUGUCUCCAUUUUAAAAAGAAAAUGGGAUCGAGUAAGACCUCUUUGUGAUACCUGUGUGCACAUUUGUAAUCCUUUUUUUUCUUAGGGUGUACAUUUUUGCACUAUAAAAGAAAUAACUACAUUGUAGAGAAUAAGCCAUUUUUACUAACUAGCGUAUCAGUUGUUUUUUUUUUACAUAUACAAAUGGUGCUAAAUUUAAGCAAAGUUAUAUUCUUAGACAUUGGCUCUCAGGUAUUUCUAGAAAAUGUGAGUUGUUAAUUUUAGUUAGUUAUGUAUACUGAGGUCCCCAACCCACAGACCAUGGUCCCGGUACUGGUUCGUGGUCUGUUAGGAAUCAGGCCUCACAGCACCAGGUGAGCCUCGAGCUAAGCAUUCCUGCCUGAGCUCUGCCUCCUGUCAGAUUAGCAGUGGCAUUUGAUUCUCAUAGGAGUUCAAACCCUGCUGUGAACUGCGUAUGCGAGGGAUCUAGGUUGUGCUCCUUAUGAGAAUCUAAUGCCUGAUGAUCUGAGGUUGAACAGUUUCAUUCCAGAACCAUCCCCCACCCACCCCCACCUCCACCCCCAGCCAUGGAAAAAUUGUCUUCCGCAAAACUGUUCCCUGGUGCCAGAAAGGUUGGGGACCACUGAGGUAUACCACACUUUUUCUAAGAAUACUCUUCAGUAGAGCCCUUUUAAAAACUAAGAACCUUUUUUUUUUUAUCAAGUUAGCCCAAGAAUAAGAUUUUUAUCUUUUAUAUAAAUUAGAGAACAUUAUAUAAAUUGAUUGAUUAAAUUUAGUUUUAAAAAACACACUUGAAGUUAUUGAAUCAUUUUUAGAUUAUACCUUUU